AUGGUCAACGAGUCGGCGGCUCGGCACGUUGACAUAGCUACUGCCCUCUCCUCUUCGGGGCUUGUAAGUGUGAUCGGAGUGGUUGUGGACGUCUUCGAGGGUGUCUUCCAGUCCAGUCGCUCCCGGUGUAUCACAUUCACCCUCAAAGACACUGACUUUGGCAACGGACACGUCUGGGAUGGGCUGAAGAUCAAGUACUUCAAAGACAAUGAAAAUCAUCUCCCGCCUGUCCGAGUGCGCGAUGUUAUCCUAUUACGCAACAUCUCAAUAAGAAAGUUUAAGGGAAGGCCUCUAGGCGUUGCACCUGAUGGGGCUACUAUCCCGUGGGCAAUAUUCCGUCCAGAGCCAGACUCUCCUCCCAUCUGUGGUCCGCUCCCUUUUGAGCCGUCAUAUUCAGAGAAGUCGUACGCAUUGUCUUUGAUAGACAAAAGCUCUAACUUCAAAACCUUCCGCAACACUUCAACCGAGAUAAAUGCUCCCCCGACUCGGCAAUCAGUGAAAUCCGUGGCCUCUGCACCCCAGUCAAAUGCCAAUCGAAGGUUUUCCCUCAUCAAGGAUGUCAAAGAAAGAACAUUCGUGGAUCUCAUCGGUGAAGUAGUCAAGAUUUUCACCAAUGAUAGCGAGAAGGUCGCUCUCUAUCUUACUGACUACACCACGAACGAAGCGCUUCACAACUACACCGUUGAGGCCAACAAUGCUCGUGAAGGAGAUGAGUAUGCUUACCAACCGCGCUCUAAGAAACAAUGGCCAGGUCCUGCUGGUCGCAUGACUCUCCAGAUGACUCUCUGGGAACCUCAUGCUUGCUUUGCCCGAGAACAUCUCAAGGAGGGCAGCAUUGUUCGAUUGAGAAAUGUCCAUAUUAAGCGAAGUCGCGUAGAAGGGGCUCCAUUGGAAGCGGCUAUGCACUGCGAUCGUCAGAACCCCGAUGAAAUGAACAUCCGUUUGAUCCACGCUGAGAAUGAUGAGCGCGGUCGAGAGUUGUUACGUCGCAGAAAGGAGUAUUGGAAGAGCGACCCUCGAAAGCGGAAAGCUGAAGAGAUGGAGGAGACGUCUUCCCGUCGCAAAAAGUUCGAGAAAAGCCAAAACAGGACACAGAGAGCGAAAAGGGAAGAAGGUCAAACCUCGCUCUCGUCGUAUAAAAAAUACGAAAUCAAUAAGAGUGGUAAGCUCGUCCUCGUUCAGACCGAAACAACCAAACCUAAUGAAUGUCCGGAAACAGUUCAGGCAAUAAACCCAUCCAUAAGGUGCAUGAGUCUUGAGGACAUCUUAGACAGCGAGUUUCACGAAAAUGUCUCGCCUAACCAAAUUGAAUACCGCCUUCCUUUUCAAAAUGUCUGCUACCGAGCUACUGUUCGCGUGGUUGACUUUUUCCCUCCAAAACUGGAAGAAUUUGCCGUUCCAGAUGAGUCGGGUCAUGAGCCGCGUCCUGACGCCCGGGUUGAUGAAACAAACAACUCCCAGAAUUCAGGUCGCUUAAUUAGAUGGCAAUGGCGAUUCUGCCUUUUGGUCGAAAGUGCACCGCCUCAUCCAGACGGGAAGCCCAGAGAGCGGAUGAAGCUAUUUGUUUCUGGAGCUGAUGCUGUGUAUCUGCUUAAACUUGAUGCAGCCGAGUAA